AUGUUUCAGUGGCUGAAGGAGAUCAUUCGUCGAGAAGUUUUGAAGGAACAGAAAAAAAAGAUGAGGUGGCGGCCGCCGCCGUCGCCACCGGUGUACUCGAUGCCGCCGCCGCCGCCACCGGCAUACCCGCCGCCGCCGCCUGCACCGGCGUACCCGCCGCCUGCAUCGGCGUACCCGCCGCCGCCGCCUGCAUCGGCGUACCUGCCGCCGCCGCCUGCACCGGCGUAUCCGCCGCCGCCGCCACCACCGGCAUACCCGAUGCCGCCGCCGCCGCCGCCGACGUACGCGACACCGGUGUACCCGACACCGGCGUACGCGACAGCGGUGUACCCGACACCGUACUCGCAGCCGACGUACUCGCAGCCGACGUACUCGCAGCCGACGUAUUCGCAGCCGACGUACUCGCAGCCGACGUACCCGAUGCCACCGUUCUACCAUUUGCAUUAG